GCGACAAUGCAGGACUUGUUUGAUGAAUGUACAGCAGCGUAUGGUGAAAAUACGAAGGAGACCGGAGUGUUUCAAAAGGGGUGGAAGAGGGUUACGAAUAUGUCGGAGGUGGAGUCAGAAACCUCUGGAUGGCGCCACCGCCCCAGCGGUUACACCAUCAAACCCGUCUUUGGUGUAAAAUCGCACUAUUGGGGAGAUGGCUUCAGUCUGGACCUGGGAGAUUCAGCAGACGAGAUGCGCAGUAUCCUGACAGACCUGAAGUCCAACCACUGGAUUGACAAGCGAACAAGAGCCGUCAUUGUGGAACAAUUCGUCUACAACGGAAACCUGGAUAUGUUCACUUCGGUGACGGUAGUGUUUGAAUUUACCGAGAUAUCCGGAGUUUUCUCCCAUCGUCACCUACACACCUUUCGACUUCAUCAACAGCCAGGUACAAUCGGGUACAUCUACGUCCUGUUGGAAAUAAUUUAUGUCAUCUUUCUCCUCUACUCACUAUGGAAAGAGGCGAAAACAGUACGAGAAGCCGGCUGGGCCUACCUGACGGAGCCAUGGAAUAUUUUCGAAAUCUUUAAUUUCAUCCUGGCCUUCACUGUCAUUGCCUUGUACGCCACUAACAGAGUCUAUGGGACUAUGGCUCUGGCGGCUGUCAAGCAAGGAAAAGAUCCACUCCAAUAUCUCAGAUCCGUGGUGAACAUAAACCUGCUGUACGGAUGGUUCCUGUCUUUCCUUGCCUUUGUCAACAUCAUGAAGCUCCUGCGACUGCUGAGGUUCAACCCACUCCUGUCCAAGCUGAUGUCCGUGUUCCGGGGAAUGGCGGUGGAGUUCUCUGCCUUCAUCUUCUACUUCUUCCUCUGCUUCUCAGGAUUUGGCGUCAGCGCUUAUUUCAUGUUCGGUGCCACCGCAACAACAUACAGGUCCAUCAGUAUUUCCUUCUCCACAUUGUUCCAGAUGUCUCUUGGAGUCUUUGACCACACAGAGCUGACGGAGGCAAACCCCAUCCUCGGCCCCAUCUUCUUUGUAACUUUCAUUUGCUUCAUGUUCCUGGUGCUGAUGAACAUCGCUGUGGCGAUCAUCGACAGCGCACUUCCGGACGUGCGGAACCACGUCAUGCCUGAAGACGACUGGUACUUCAUCCAAGGGUUGUGGGAACGCUUCACCUCCCUGCUUGGGCUUCAGGAAGUUCCAGUCACAGGUAAAGAGGUCUAAGUAAUGUAGUCUAAGUAAUUGAAACCUUAAAGAGCCUUAUUUUCCUUUAAUACCAGGCGGCACCCGGUUAGUUUCCAUUUGAUUUUGUUUGUAUUCAAAUCUGUGGAAUGACAAAAUUGUACACCGUUACAGACGUCAGCAUCGUGGAUACCCUCCACGACAGCCUUAUUGAGGUUGAGAUCCAAGUUGAG